AUGGCACUUAGAGGCGCCAGAGGUGGCAUGGCCUUCCUCCUAGCUUGGACCGCAAUGUUGGCUUGGGUGCAUGGCAAAGAGCCGCGGAAUGCAGAUCUCAACACCUGCCACAGCACGGCAUGCAGUCGCAACAAUGGCACUGUGGACGACACAGCGUUGUUGCAAAACAAGCUGGGCAGAGGUUCUCUGCAGGCCGAGCGCCGUCCACGCCGCCGUCGGUCAAGGCCGUGGCGUCGACGCCGGCGCUAUAGCUACUAUCAGCCAGUACCCGUGCCAACAACUUCCGAGGCAUCCGUGUCAACGACUUCAACAAGCUCGGAGGCGCCCGUUGUGCCAACCACCACGACAGCAACACCUGCUCCGCCCAUGUGGACGCUGGGUGAACUCCAUGAUACCUGCAAUGACUACUGCCAGUUUCUCGGCUAUUCUGGCUGUGACCUGGCCGAGAUGGAGACCGUAGACACGGAGGAGGAGCUUGCGGUGGAGAUGCAGAACUUGGGAAAAACCUGCCUUGUCAACGGAAGCAUCUGGAAUGAAAUCGCAACCUACGAACCUGAGCCGUCAGGGUGCUACCUGAACAGGAACGCACUGGACUGCGACUCGAACAGGCAGGAAAAGCAUCAACCCUUGUGCUACUGCAUUGGCACGACGACGACAACAACACCAGUCGGAUGGGUCUUGGGCGAACUCCACGACACCUGCAAUGACUACUGCCAGUACACUGGGUAUGCUGGUUGUGACUUCGAGAGGAUUGUGGAGAUCAAUCGGAUCCCACGCGCUCGGCGCCUGUUGGAGAGUCUGAACUACACGUGUGAUGUGAGUGAUGGAGACUGGAACGACGUGCCCACUUACAGACCAGAUGUGGGUGGGGAAUUUCGCGGAUGGCCGGAGUUCAUUCUUGUGCUUGUUGUCGGAUGGGUCUUGGGCGAACUCCACGACACCUGCAAUGACUACUGCCGGUACACUGGGUAUGCUGGUUGUGACUUCGACAGAAUUGUGGAGAUCAAUCGGAUCCCACGCGCUCGGCGCCUGUUGGAGAGUCUGAACUACACGUGUGAUGUGAGCGAUGGAGACUGGAACGACGUGUCCACUUACAGACCAGAUGUGGGAGGGUGCUACUACAAUCGAAAUGCCUUAAGUUGUGAUGCGAACAGGAGGGAGGAAAAUCAGCCCGUUGGAUGGGUCUUGGGCGAACUACACGACACCUGCAAUGAUUACUGCCAGUACACUGGGUAUGCUGGUUGUGACUUCGAGAGGAUUGUGGAGAUCAAUCGGAUCCCACGCGCUCGGCGCCUGUUGGAGAGUCUGAACUACACGUGUGAUGUGAGUGAUGGAGACUGGAACGACGUGCCCACUUACAGACCAGAUGUGGGUGGAUGCUACUACAAUCGAAAUGCCUUAAGUUGUGAUGCGAACAGGAGGGAGGAAAAUCAGCCCGUGUGUGCGUGCAAUGGCACAGCUCCACCCCCAACUCCACCAGAUCCGAACUGGGUUUUGGGACCACUUGGAGGCAACUGCGACGCCACCUGCGCCGGUUUAGGCAAAUCCUGCGAUGCCACCAGCAUCGGGGAGAUCAAUCGGAUCCCUCGGGCCAGGCGGCUGCUGCAGAAGAUGAACUACACAUGCGAUGUGAGCGGCGGGCAGUGGAACAAGCUGCCGACUUAUGAGCCAGGUACGAACGGCUGCUACUACAACCGGAAUCCUGUUGACUGCUCCGUUGACGUUUCUGGCCACCUUCAGCCCCUCUGCUACUGUACGGUAUAG